AUGAAAUCAUUUCAUCCCAUAGUAUGCACUUACAAGACGUGUAAAAGAUCUUUCACUAAUCGACGUUACUUUACUAAUCAUUUUAAUAAAACUCAUGGUGACGAUUUCUGUAAAGAAAGCGCCAUCCAAGAAUCUGAAGCAUUCAUUAAUAACAGUUGUACCGAAAAUUUAGGCACUGCAUUAGAAAACGGAUGUAGCAGUCAGAUGGAUACCUCCAUUCCUGGAAAAAUUGUAGUGUCCCCUGUAAUAGCUGAUAUAAUAUGUAAUGCCCCCCAAUCUGGCAAUGGUGUAGUCAAGGAAAUAAUACAGGACUCUGUCGCUGAUUUUUGUAUCUCGCUACACAGUAGCCUAUCUCUUCCAUUUUCACAUGCCGAGGAUAUAGUCAAAUCCACAGUAAACCUUGUAAAAGGCAUUAACAGUUUGUAUACUGAAGAACUUGGGUUUCUUUCUGUAAAAGACGAAAAAUAUCCAACUCAAGAUACCAUCUUGAAAAUGGAGGAGAAUUUUAAAUGGGUAGAAAGUACUUUUCAAAAUUGGAAUACCAAAUAUAUGGUAAAAAAGACCUUACAAGAACAAGGUGUAUUUAUUCCACCUGUGGUUAAAGAUAUCGGCAGAAUCACCAUCACUAAAAGAACCAAGGUAAAAGGUAAAUUCCGUAGAAUUUCCGUCAAAGGGACGUAUGUUUUUAUCCCAAUGAGGAAGGUUUUAACGUUACUCUUCCAGCAAGAAGGUGUUCUUGAAAGUGUCAUGAAAUAUUUGCAAAAAUUAGAUCAUGAUGAUAAUGUAAUUUCAAAUUUUGUGCAGAGUCAGUGUUGGAUUAACACUCCUACAUCUGACGAAGAAACAGGUAUCACUCUGCCUUUGGAAAUAUUUAAUGAUGACCUAGAAGUAGGGAAUCCUCUGGGCAGUCAUGCUGGCAAAAACAAAGUCAACGCAACUUAUUUUUCAAUUCCUUGUUUUGUUCGUGAAGUUAAAUCUUCACUGAAUUAUGUUUUCCUAGCUUAUUUGACUCAUUCCUUUAAUUUGAAAUAUUUCAAUUUAAAAACUGUGUUUAAAGAUUUAAUUGCCGAACUAAAUUAUCUUGCCGAAACUGGAAUCACUGUCACUCUUGAGAAUCACAAUAUCAGAAUUUUCUUCCAAUUUUGUGCUCUUUGCGGAGAUAAUCUUGGACUCAAUACUUUGGGUGGGUUUUGUCAAAGUUUUUCAAAAAGUGAGUUCUGCUGUCGUAUCUGUCUAGCUAACAGAAAUAAACGUCGGACCAUGUCUAAGGAAGAUCCUACUUUACUGAGAACAAAAGAAAAUUACAGGGCAGGAGUUAAUUUACAAGAUCCCACUAAAAAUGGUAUUAAGGAAGAAUGUGUAUUUAACAGCGUCAAGAAUUUUCACAUAGUUGAUAAUUGUUUGGUCGACGUUUUUCAUGAUAUUUUUGAAGGCGUGGCGCAGUACGACCUCUAUUUCUUACUCCAAUAUUACAUUUUCACAGCUGAAAGAUUUUCUGUAGCUACUUUUAAUCAUAGGCUGGAAGUUUUUGAUUUCGGGUCUUCAGACAUUCCUAACAAGCCUCCUCCACUCCCGCUAGAUUUUAAGAAGAAAAAGAAAUUAAGACUAUCUGGAUGUGAAACGGCGUGUCUUCUCAAAUUCCUUGGUCUCUUGAUAGGAGAAUUAGUUCCCCCUGAUGACAACGUCUGGGAGCUCUACCUUGCAUUACGGAGAAUUGUAGACUUGGUCUUAAGUCCGUCAUUUAGCACCAAAUCUUAUGAGCUGCUAGCUCUUUAUGUGCAAGAGCACAAUACACUUUAUGUACACCUGACGAAAAAAGCCUUGCCAUUCAAAUUUCACAAUCUUGUCCAUUACCCACGUUUAAUUGCUAAAUUUGGGCCUCUAAUUAAUUUUUCAGUUGAAGGAUACGAAAGGGGGCAUGGCCCUGUCAAAUGCGUUUCGAAUAGUGUAGCCUCCCGCAAAAAUAUCUGUCUAACAAUUGCUAACAAAGUUAUGAUGAAAUUUGGUCGUAAUCUCCUAAAAAAUGAGUAUGCUAAAAAAAGAUUCCUAGCGGGACCAAAUAGAACACGCAAAGACUAUGACACUUUUUUUGCAGAACUAGACAAAUACACUUUUACAACUUCCUUUCCAGAAAUUUUAAGAGAGAGAAGUACUAUUCGAACCAACUGGGUUCAACUCCACGGAACAAAGUAUUGCAUUGGCAUGACAUUGUAUUUAGCUAUAGAUGAGGAAACAAGUUUUCCAAUUUUUGGUCUUAUUCAGAACAUUUUUGUAAGCGCUGCUGGGAAAGUUUAUUUUCUUCUGAAAAACUUCCAGACUUUAGCUUUCAGUGAAAAAUUUUAUUCAUAUAGACUUAUUAUCGUUGACUCUUACUCUGUGUGCAGUCAAGAUGACCUUCAUGACUUUCGCCCACACAAUGCUGCGGCACCAGCAAUGCUACCUGACAGCAAUUUGUACUAUGUCUCUUUACUUUGUAAUUCUUAA